CGGCUCCAGCAAUAGCUCGGUCUGAUCUGUUCCUCCCAGGUCUACUUUCCAAGAAUAGUCUCACGGUCUGUAUUUUGCAGCCAGUCGUGUACGCGUACAAACUGUUUUGUCUGUAUGUGUGUAAGGCUUAGGGUGGAUUAAUCAUAUACGCUUACGCUUACGCCUUACACCUGCUCUGCCCAUGCUUCCUUUCACACUGUUUAUCUGGCUUCCCUCUGAUACUUGCCACAGAGCCCUGCACUGGUGCAAUAUGCAGAGAUACUGUAUCCAUUCAUCCAGUGAAAGACUGCACAAGGCUAUAUAGAUGGACUGCUUUAUGGCAAAGAGAUAACCUAAGAUCUAUAGGCUUAAAAAGUUUUCAUGUGGCAGGAACUACAUUUGAAGCUGACUGCUGAUGUCAUUUAACUGAGCUGCAUUGAAGAAGAGAAUACUAUUUCAAACAUUGUUUGCCAUUUUAUGUAUUUCAUCUGAGUCCUGUAUAAUAUUGUUAUUGAUACUCAGCAGUGUGUGUGUGGAAAGAAAUAACUUAGGGGCUUCAUGUUUUAUCAUCUGCGUUGAAUACUGACCACUAAUUAAUUCUGUAGUUUGUCUUACUACUAGUAAAUGCUACUUUUUAUUAUAUUUAAACUAUGAAAAAAAUUCUCAAUCUACCAUGCUGUGCGAAUUGAUACUCUCUCUUCAUUGGUUAGCACGUUCAACAGCUAGAACGUUGAUUGGUCAAGCUUCUUGUCACGUUAAAAUGAAACUACAUGCCUCCGUAGUGCUCUUGCAAACCAUUUAGUCUACUGCCGGGAGAUACUGAGUAGGCUAGGGUAUGGGCUUCAGUAGCAUCAGGACCAGAAGUAUUGGCAGGAUGGACACAUUUCGAUCGUAAGAUUCGGCUAGAUCAUGAGGAGCAUCAAGAAGAGGACUUGGAGGCCUGCAACUAUUUUUAGACGACAUGGGGCCAGUUAGGGGGAUAUUGAUGGAGACCCACGCUCUCCACGCGAAGCCUUGAGCCAUCCGUCAUUAAUGUCAAGCAGCACACGGGAGGAACAUUAUGCUGCCUUGCCAAAGGAAACACCGCUAAUGGCAGGAAAGCCACUUAAAAUUCAGAGCACUUCACAUACAUAAAUGCAUCAGGAUGCCUUCAAAAGUGUCUUGCCUAUACGUCUUGACAGUCGUCUGCUGGGCCAGCGCUCUGUGGUAUUUGAGCAUAUCCAGGCCGACGUCGUCCUUCGUGGGGCAGAUGUCUGUGCCUGUACGCAGGGCCAAGACGGUGGCGAAGGUGGCGAAGAAUGCCACGUUCGAUAACAUCCGCACGCGGCCGCUGAACCCGCACGCGUUUGACUUCGUCAUCAACGAGCCCAAGAAGUGCGAGGAGCAGACGCCCUUCCUGGUCAUCCUGAUCAGCACCACGCAUAAGGAGUUUGACGCGCGGCAGUCCAUCCGCGAAACCUGGGGCGACGAGAGCACGUUCGCUGACAUCCGCAUCGUCACGCUCUUCCUACUGGGCCGCAACACGGACAGCGUGCUUAACCAGAUGGUGGAGCAGGAGAGCCAGAUCUUCCACGACAUCGUGGUGGAGGACUUUGUGGACUCCUACCACAACCUUACGCUCAAGACGCUCAUGGGCAUGCGCUGGGUGGCCACAUUCUGCUCCAAGGCCAAGUACGUGAUGAAGACGGACAGCGACAUCUUCGUCAACAUGGACAACCUGAUCUACCGGCUCCUCAAACCCGCCACCAAGCCGCGGCGGCGCUACUUCACGGGCUACGUCAUCAACGGAGGGCCUAUCCGAGACAUGCGGAGCAAGUGGUACAUGUCGCGGGACCUUUACCCAGAGAGCAAGUACCCACCGUUCUGCUCGGGCACGGGCUACGUGUUCUCGGCCGACGUGGCCGAGGCCAUCUACAAGACCUCACUGCACACACGGCUCCUCCACCUGGAGGACGUGUACGUGGGCGUGUGCCUGCGCAAGCUGGGCAUCCACCCGUUCCAGAACAGCGGCUUCAACCACUGGAAGAUGGCCUACAGUCUGUGCCGCUACCGGCGGGUUAUCACGGUGCACCAGAUUUCCCCCGAGGAGAUGCACCGUAUCUGGAAUGACAUGUCCAGCAAGAAACACCUCAAGUGUUAACAAUUUCAACCUUUCAAGAGGUUUGUGUGUAGUUUUUUUUACUUGUGGAAAAAGAUUAGAACUACAAUUCAGGCAGGAGAGACAAAUACCGUGCAAUGGAGGAACACAUAAUCUCCAGUAUUUUGCCAAGCUAUAUAAUUUGUCCACAUGCCGACCAUGGAAUUAAUUUUUGAUCUUCACAUGCAAAGCAGUUGAACGGAAGGGGUAAAGAUUGUAAUGAUGAUAGUACUCAAUUUGCAUCAUGCUAUUAUGGAGGUGCUGAAAAAAAUGGGUGCCCAUGCAUACAUAAACAGCCAACACCACUGCUGCAAUUUGACUAGGAGGCAAAGCAGAUGAUUUGCCUUCCACAAAAACAUGACCAAAUGUGAAUGUUACUGAGUCUUUACUGUCUUAUUGCACACAUCUCUGUUUGGCUGUACUGAAGGAGUGUGCCGGUGAGGCAAUUCAUCGGCCUUAAUGCUAAUGCUAAAGCUCAGAGUUCUAAUUAUGUGGAGCCAAUGAAAGACAUCCAUUUACAUUUAGGCACCUGGGUCUAUGUGUUUACAUACUGUUGACAAUGUUACUGCUUUCAUUGAGAAAGGAGUGUGGGGGACGGACGGACUGAGGUGCAUUUAUUUAUAUUGUUAAAGUUAUUUUCUUACUUUCUGCCAUUCAAGGUUCUCGCUUCUGAUCAACUGCUGUUUGUAUUGCUGUACAGUAUGAGCAUAUAUAGCUGAUUAUGUACUCUGAGCAACACCUACUAUCCAGUAACAUAUUGUGCAAGUGAAUAUUUCCAUUGUGAUCACUCUACGAACAUUCCCCCGAGAAUGUAACAUCAUGUUUGUGGCAUAUCAAUCUAUACCGAAGCACUCCAGUCCAACUGAGGGGAAAUAAUUAUAUUUUCUAGAACUUGAUUGCAUUGAGGCCAAAAUUUGAUUUCAAGUGUGUAUUUUUUUAUUCCGUAGUACUUAUACAGCUGUUGUGACGUUAAACUGUGAAAGCUUAGACUACAAAGCAACUAUCCCGGAAGAGGUUGUUGUACCAUUGUGUCCUUUUUUUACAUAAGAAAACUCCUAAAACAGUAUCUUGCUCCCUGGCUGCCUUGAGUCUCUUGAUAUUCUGCACGACAGCUUGACAUGAACAGAGAGCCUGUGUGUUUUGCCUGACCUGGGAUGAGCUGAAGGUGGUGUACUGCAGGUUAGGCCCACUGGGGGGAUAUUCAGCGAAGGUCUAACUUACCCCACUUCACCAGAGGGACUUUGCCAAAUAUUGACACGGCCAAAUACUGUCACUUGGCAGACUUUGCAGACAGGGAUGUAUGAGCGAAACAUAGGACGGUGCCAAAUUCUGUCAACAGCUUGUAAUGGGCAGAGACACGCUUUGGCACAGCAUGCAUGUAGGGCAAUUGGAUGUCAUCAUACCAAAUAUGGCAAUGUUUGCUGGUGUAAGGCACAGAUGUCUGUCUGUCUGUCUGGACAGCUCUCAGGAGAUGGCUGACAUGACAGGAAGGAGGCCAAGGAUCUGUACAUGCCAUAGGAGGACACUAACCAUGUUAACAUUGUAAAACAUUUUUCAUCCAGACAGGAUUUGGGAUGGAAACCAUUACCACUGUGAGUGGUGCACCCCCCACCCCAACCUCCCAGAGUACUUAAUCAUUAACAGUAAUCAUAGACACAUCACAUUGAAGAUACAGUGUAUCAUGGGAUUUGAAUAAAGCACACAAUAUUUCACUGACUUUAAUAAUAGCAAUUCUUUAUUUGUUCCUCCUCAGCACAGAUUUUUGUUUUUAAUUGCCAAAUACAGAGAGGGACAAGGAUAGCAUGAGGACAUGGUACACUGUAUGUAGAAAACACAAUAACGUCUUAUAAUAAAGUAUUUAGUACAAGUUAAUAGUAUUUUCCAACUUGAGUCGAAAAUAUAAUUUGGAGCUACGAGUACCUGCUUGGACAGAUAAAUGGCUCGUUGUACGUUCCAUAGUUGCCUUUUGGUUUUUCCAUAUGUGGAUACAUUAUUGUACAGUACAUUUCAGAGAACAAAAAAAAUGCAUUUUGAGACAUUCUAUUUUUGUAGUGCAGUAAGACAGAGCAUGGCAUCAGUAUUUAACUGGUAUCUGUUGGCUUUGUAUGUGAAAAACUGGAGGGUUUGAAGGUUAGGAAUGGGUUUGAGGUGGCCUUAGAUGAAGCUUUUAUUGGUAGGAUUGAUGGGCUGACUCUCCCAGGGCCAAGCAUUUGAUUUGCAGAUGCAUGUACACUGCCUAAAAAAAGUGCAUUGUAGCUUUAUUUUAUACCAUUCUUUUUUUCUCAUUCUUAUUAUUCUUAUAUGUUGCCACUGACUGGUAGAAAUACUAUUCACGAAUGUCUGUAUCGUAGUUGGAAAGCACGUCUGUUAACAUGUCCCAAGAAACACAUUAGCAGCUCUUGCUGCCGGUGGCAACCACCCCUUUGUGACCUACGUUCUUAGGCACAGUUUUAAUGAACAAGGCACCUCUAGCAGUUUAAGCAUCAACACUGUUCUGUGGAUUAAGCAGUUAUUUGACAUGGCGGCAUUCAGGCGCCACAUUAUAAUUAUUUUCUCUUGCUUUGUCACACUGGAAAUGACUCGCUUAAUUUUCAUUGGAUUACAUCUUUGUUAUUAUUUUCUUCGUUUCUUCCUCUUCUUCUUCUUCUUACAGAAUGUACAAUACGAUUCACUCAUUUCAGACAACAUUGAAAAUGGAAUCAUGAAAAUGUGCUUUUCUCAUAAAUAAAAUAAUUUGUACAUUCAGAA